AUGAAAAUCUUAUUCAGUUUAUUCUUCAUCGUCAGUGUCGCUUUUGCGGCAACAUCCCCGAUUCAACCAGAAUCUCCUGAAAAUCAAGACACCCAGCUCGUUGCUGUUGUUAGAGAAAAACGAGCACCUGUUUUUCUUGGAAAAGCUGCUUUAGGGUUAGCUGCUGUUGGAGGAUUAGGAUUAGCUGGCGCUGCUGUUGGAAAAGCUGCGUUAGUUGGUGGAGCUUUAGGAGUUGGAGCUUUAGGUGCUGCUAAGCUUUAUCAUUAUGGCGGUUAUGGGCAUGGUUACGGAGGAUAUGGUGGUUAUUACGGCCCAUCUAUCCACCAUCAUUACCCAUCAUCAAUAAGAUAUGUUAAUCAUUAUGAUAGUUAUCCCUCUUAUGAUAACUACUAUGGUGGUCACUACGGACAUGGAAGUAAUUACGGCUACGGUUAUGGAUACGGAUAUGGUUAUGGUCACGGAUGGUAA